AUGCCGUUCCCCCUGACCGUGACGUUUGUGCAGUCGACGAUCCUCAAUGCCGUGGCCAAUAUCCUGGCGCAGCUGAUCGACCAGCGCAAAAGCACUACCCCCUUCACCCUCAAUCUCCUCCCCUUCCUCCAAUUCAUCACCUAUGGCGUGUUGAUCGUGCCCAUCAACUUCUACUGGCAGCGCGCCCUGGAGGUGCGCUACCCGGGCUUUCCCUCGCGCGCCGAGUUCUCAAAUGCCCUCCGCAGGCCGUGGUCCUGGGCCUCUUCUAAAGACCGCGCCGAUAUCCUGCCUCAAACCAAGGACGCCGAGAAGAAGCAUGUCCACUGGGCGCCGCGCGCGAAGAAGUCUGGGCUGCAUAGCUUUGCCAUGAAGUUCCUGCUGGACCAGUCGGUUGGUUCGGUGGUGAAUAUCGUGCUGUUUAUUGUGUUGAUUAAUUUCCUUAAGGGCGAGUCUGUGUUUCGGUCUUGGGAGUUGGUGCUUGAGGACUUCCCUCCUAUUAUGGUCGCCCGCCUCAAGUAUCGUCCGCUGGUCUCGACGCUGAUGUACACCAUCAUCCCCGUCGACCGCCGGGUUGUCUUUGGCAGUGCCUGCGGAGUGAUCUGGGGUGUAUAUCUCAGCUUGUAUGCUGUAGUAUAA